UUUUUUUAAUUGCUAAGUACCGGGUUUUGAAUUAGGUUCAUGUGAUCUAUUUAAGGCCCAACUCUUCUAUAUAAGGAUUAAAGCAUAAGGUCAUAGCAAAUUCAAUAAGCUAUAAUGGGAGUCCAAAACUCGUUGAUUUUAGUCUCACUUCUUCUCGGGUCGUUGUACUCUAGCUUUUUAUUUGUAUCUGUUCCUUCUUCACUGGAUCGUUUAAGUUUUCCGGAAGGAUUUGUUUUUGGUACUGCAUCAUCUUCUUACCAGUAUGAAGGAGCAGCAAGGGAAGGUGGUAGAGGACCAAGUAUUUGGGAUCACUAUACCCACAAAUACCCAGAGAAAAUAAAGGAUGGCAGCAAUGGCGAUGUGGCUAACGAUGCAUAUCAUCGUUACAAGGAAGAUGUUGGGAUUAUGAAAGAGAUGGGCUUAGAUGCUUACAGAUUCUCAAUCUCAUGGUCAAGAAUAUUACCAAAUGGAAAGCUAAGUGGGGGAGUGAACAUGGAAGGAAUCAACUACUACAAUAACCUCAUCAAUGAGCUUCUGUCUCAGGGUAUACAACCCUUUGUGACAUUAUUUCAUUGGGAUGUUCCCCAAACAUUAGAAGAAGAGUAUGGUGGAUUCCUAAGUCCUCGCAUUAUAUCACAUUUUAGAGAUUACGCAGAGACAUGCUUUAUACAUUUCGGUGAUCGAGUGAAACAAUGGAUCACACUAAACGAGCCAUGGACCUUUGCCCAUGGUGGCUACGCGUCUAACUUUCUGGCUCCAUAUCGAUGUUCAACAUGGCAACAACUCAAUUGCACCGGCGGAGACUCUGCCACUGAGCCAUAUUUGGUUGGACACAACCUACUUCUCUCUCAUGCAACCGCCGUCAAUGUAUACAGGCAAAAAUACCAGGCCACUCAAAAGGGUAAGAUAGGGAUCACAAUAGUAACCCAUUGGAUGGUGGGUUACUCUUCUGAAAGACAUCACCAAAAUGCUGCCCUUCGAGCACUCGAUUUCAUGUUUGGAUGGUUUAUGGAUCCAAUUAGCAAAGGUGACUAUCCCCACUCGAUGAGAUCUCUUGUGGGAAAUCGAUUGCCAAACUUCACAAGAGAGGAAUCAAAGAUGCUGAAAGGGUCAUUUGAUUUUCUUGGGUUGAACUAUUACACUGCAAAUUAUGCAGCACAUGUGCAUACUUCUAAUGCUACUCCUAAUGAUGCUGUCGAUGCUAGUAUUUUGACCGAUGCUCGUGCUGAUCUUUCAACUGUGAGUAAUGGGAUCCCCAUCGGUCCAAAGGCUGCUUCUGAUUGGCUUUCUGUUUAUCCAAGAGGGAUUCGAGAUCUUUUGCUCUACACAAAGAAAAACUACAAUGAUCCACUCAUCUACAUCACUGAAAAUGGGAUUGAUGAGUUAAAUGAUGCCACAUUAUCGCUGGAGGAAGCUCUUAACGACACUAUGAGGAUUGAUUACUUCUCGAGCCAUCUUUCUUUCCUUCGAAGAGCAGUGGUUGAGGAUGGUGUCAAUGUGAAAGGGUAUUUUGCAUGGUCAUUGUUGGACAACUUCGAAUGGAGUUCAGGUUAUGCUGUACGAUUUGGUAUCAACUACGUUGAUUUCCAAAAUGGCAUGAAGAGAUAUCCCAAAGCUUCAGCACAUUGGUUCAAGAACUUCCUCAAAAAAUAGUGAUUAUAUUCUCAUCAUUAACUUUUUAUUUAUAGGCAAUGUGACAUUGUUAAGAAGUAAUUGCUCAGUGUUAUAGAGUUAAAUCAGGGAGAGCUGUUGUCUAUCUAUAUGUAUAUUCUUCAAUCAACGUCAAGUUCAUUUGUAUUGGUUCUUAGCUAGUUGAAUUCUAUCCAACUAACACCUUCAAGCCGGAAGGGUCACA